ACAUAGGCUACAUGUAAUGCUUUAAUUUAUCUCAUGUGACUUCCACACAUCAAAGUUACAGUAUGUAAUAAUCCGUCCAUUCGGUUCAAUCAAAUUAAUGUAUCGAGCUGAGAUUUUCCUCGCGUUAGCGCAAAUGUUUUGAAGUCUAUUCAACCGUGACAGCUCAAAGAGAUCAGGCGUAAUCUGCGAGUGAACGCGCAUCCGUGCGCGAGCACAGCUUUCAGAACCAAGGACAGCGGCGCUCACAGAGCAUCAGGUCACCCGGACCCGCUGCGUACGUGAGAAACCGCGACUGUGAUUUAAUCACGGCAACAACUGAAGUGGCUUUUUCAACACAGACGACUUAAGCAAUAAUACAAAACUUGAUUUUCGCACGCUCACCUGCAUGGGAAAGAGAGAGAGAAAAUCUGUCAGACUAUCAACAGGAGCGAGCAUCAUUUCUACAAAGGCGUGUUGACAUGGGUUUCCAGCAAAUGAAGGCGUUUAAUGAUCAGUCUCGAUGAAUUAAGAGCAUUCCUCAGCAGAGUAGAUUGACGUGAUUACAUUCCAGUGCUACUGGAGAGGACGACAUCCGACUAAUCCACAGACAUCGACACGCAUCCUUAACGGGGCGCUCGGAUUGACUCCUCUGCGAUCCGGGGCAAAAUGCGUCUGGUUCUGCUCGCCUUUCUCAUCUCGUGCUCCUGUGCGAGAGGUGGAUGCGAACCGAAGACUGUGAAUAUCGGGGCUGUCCUGAGCCAGAAGAGAUAUGAACAAGUGUUCAAAGACGCUGUCACUCAAGCCAACAGUAUAUACGGCAAAGAUAAGUUCAAGAUGAACGCUAUUUCAGUCACUCAUAAACCAAAUGCGAUCCAGAUGGCACUGUCCGUUUGUGAAGACCUCAUCUCCAACCAGGUUUAUGCGAUCUUGGUGAGCCACCCGCCCCAGUCCAAUGACCAUCUGACCCCCACACCAGUGUCCUACACAGCAGGUUUUUACCGUAUACCAGUGGUGGGCCUCACAACACGCAUGUCCAUCUAUUCAGAUAAGAGUAUCCACCUCUCUUUCCUGCGCACGGUACCUCCCUACUCUCACCAAGCCCAGGUGUGGUUCGACAUGAUGCGCGAGUUCCAGUGGAAUCACAUCAUUCUGAUUGUGAGCGACGACCACGAGGGAAGAGCCGCACAGAAAAGACUGGAAACCCUGCUGGAGGAGAGGGAGACGAAGAAUAAAAACAGGAACUAUGAAAACCUCGACCAACUGUCCUUUGACAACAAGCGAGGACCCAAGGCAGAGAAAGUGCUCCUGUUCAGUCAAGACACAAAUCUGACGGCUCUGCUCCAGGAAGCCAAGGAGCUGGAGGCUCGAGUUAUCAUCCUGUCCUCGAGUGAAGACGAGGCGGCGGCCAUUUACAAAGCGGCGCGCCAGCUCAACAUGACAGGCUCUGGUUACGUGUGGUUGGUUGGAGAAAGGGAGAUGUCUGGUAAAGCAUUGAGUGAAGCCCCAGAUGGCUUGCUCGGCCUUCAGCUUAUCAAUGGCAAGAACGAGUCUGCGCACAUCUACGACGCCGUGGCUGUGGUGGCCCAGUCCAUCCAGGAGCUCUUUGAGAAGGAGAAUAUCACAGAGCCUCCACGAGGUUGUGUUGGCAAUACAAACAUCUGGAAGACUGGCCCACUCUUUAAACGAGUUCUGAUGUCAUCCAAGUAUCCAGAUGGCCUGACAGGCCGCGUGGAGUUCAAUGAUGACGGAGACAGGAGGUUCGCCCACUACAGCAUUCUGAACUACCAGAAAACCAGACUGGUGCAAGUGGGCGUCUACAAUGGCUCGCAAGUUGUAAUGAACACGCAAAGGAAGAUUAUCUGGCCGGGAGGAGAAACUGAAAAGCCGAAAGGCUAUCAGAUGUCAACCAGAUUAAAGAUUGUCACCAUUCAUCAAGAGCCCUUUGUCUAUGUGAAACCGACUCUACGUGAUGGAACUUGUAAGGAAGAAUACACAGUAAAUGGAGUCCUGAUCAAAAAAGUGAUCUGCACUGGCCCUAAUGAGACCAUUCCAGGUCGCCCAAUAGUACCUCAGUGCUGCUAUGGGUUCUGCAUUGACCUCUUGAUCAAACUUGCCAUGACAAUGAACUUCACCUAUGAGGUGCAUCUAGUGGCUGAUGGAAAAUUUGGCACUCAGGAGCGGGUAAAUAACAGCAACAAGAAGGAGUGGAAUGGCAUGAUGGGAGAACUCCUGAGUGGUUUGGCAGACAUGAUCGUGGCUCCACUUACAAUUAACAAUGAACGAGCCCAGUACAUCGAGUUCUCGAAACCGUUCAAGUACCAGGGGCUUACAAUCCUUGUCAAAAAGGAAAUUCCACGCAGUACACUGGACUCGUUCAUGCAGCCCUUUCAGAGCACUCUGUGGUUACUGGUGGGUCUAUCGGUCCAUGUUGUGGCGGUGAUGCUCUACCUAUUAGACCGUUUCAGCCCAUUUGGAAGGUUUAAAGUAAAUAGUGAAGAGGAGGAAGAAGAUGCCCUCACCUUAUCUUCUGCGAUGUGGUUCUCCUGGGGCGUGCUACUGAACUCCGGCAUUGGAGAAGGUGCCCCGCGGAGCUUUUCGGCGAGGAUUUUAGGUAUGGUGUGGGCUGGUUUCGCUAUGAUUAUAGUUGCAUCUUAUACUGCCAAUUUGGCAGCCUUCCUAGUGCUGGAUCGGCCUGAGGAGCGCAUUACCGGCAUCAACGACCCUAGGCUGCGAAACCCAUCAGACAAAUUCAUCUACGCCACAGUGAAGCAGAGCUCUGUGGACAUUUACUUCCGGCGCCAGGUUGAGCUGAGCACAAUGUACCGCCACAUGGAAAAGCACAACUACGAGAGCGCCGCGGAAGCCAUCCAGGCCGUGCGAGACAACAAACUCCACGCGUUUAUAUGGGAUUCAGCCGUGUUGGAGUUUGAGGCCUCGCAAAAAUGCGACCUGGUCACCACAGGUGAGCUGUUCUUCCGCUCUGGAUUCGGUAUUGGCAUGCGUAAAGACAGCCCAUGGAAGCAAAAUGUCUCGCUGGCCAUUCUCAGUUCCCAUGAGAAUGGCUUUAUGGAGGACUUGGAUAAAACUUGGGUCCGCUAUCAAGAGUGUGACUCCAGAAGCAAUGCACCGGCCACGCUCACUUUUGAGAAUAUGGCAGGCGUGUUUAUGUUGGUGGCUGGUGGCAUCGUUGCCGGGAUCUUCCUCAUCUUCAUCGAAAUCGCCUAUAAGCGACACAAGGACGCUCGUAGGAAGCAGAUGCAGCUGGCCUUUGCAGCGGUUAAUGUCUGGAGGAAGAACCUACAGGAUAGGAAAAGUGGUAGAGCAGAGCCCGACCCCAAAACGAAAGCCUCUUUUAGGUCCAUCAGUACCAACCUGGCCUCCAACAUCAAGAGACGUAGGUCGUCCAAAGACACGCCAUAUCCCACGGAUAUAACCGGCCAGCUCAACCUUUCAGACCCAUCAGUGAGCACAGUGGUGUGAAAGUGAACAGAGGAGAGAGAGAGAAUUUGACAGGCAGAAAGAGAGAGAGACUUGCAGGCUGGAAGGCAGGAGCAUCGGGCUGGUUGGCUCUGAAACAGACCUGCUGUUCCAUAGCUGCUGCUUCGUCCCCACCUGAGCCAACAGCACCUUCAUUCGAGCAAAAACCCUCAGCAUACAUGUAUACAGACUGGACAUGAAACUCUUAUGGACACACUGUGCCAAAAUGGAGCAAAUUCGCACUGCCACACGGUUCAUCUUACCCCGACCAAUAAACACACACACAGACAAAAACAUACAGUACACACACAAAGUGCUUCACUUUUUAGAAUCUUUUGCAAAUAUACGAAUACGUUUUGUGUAAUAUGUAAAUAUACAUUCUGAGUUCUGUUACGCCACAUUGGGUCAGCAUCAGACUAAAUAAUGAUCUGUUUAUUUUUACAUUUUAAUAAUGCAGAUAUAAUUAUGUUACAUACAUAUGCAUUAUGUCAUUCUACCUCCACCUAAGAUAUAUGUAGCUUAUCUCAACACUGAAUUUUGGUAGUUGUGGUGCUUUCUCAUUUGAAAGGCAAAUUGUUAGAGCAAACGUAUAAAUAUAAACUCAUCGUGUAUUUAGAUUAGACAAUGGAAAGGGUAGGUUGGAACUAUAAAUAAUACUGUAAGUUUAAACUUGGCACAUUUUGAUCAUUGUUGCACUUUUCUGUACACAUUUCCUCUCUCUUUACUGCCGUUACAAAACACACAUGCCUGAAGUGGUCGAACAUACUGUGGAUUUUUGACGUACGAUCUUUUUUCUCUACUUAAUUUAUUCUUCUGUUUAGAUUUUUACCUUUUGUAAAAAGCAAAUGACUCGUUUUUUGAAUGACAAAUAUCUGGAAAUUGGCAGAUAAUAUGGGGUCAAUCAAGCCAGGGGCUAUAUGUAGCACAUCUGACCUUGUUUAUCCACAAACCUUUCUUGUAAAACUGUAAAAAAAUCAAGCAGGAUUACUGGGUAAUGCUAAAGAGUGGCGUAGAUGUAAUGAAGCAGAUAUUAUUACAGGAUCUUUGGAGCGGUGUUACGGUUUCACCUGCUUAAAAUUCCCUGUAAUAAUUUUUGUGUCAUUGUGUAAAGUUGGUAGCAUCCUCCAGCUACCAAGGGAACCUUUCUUUGCAUUAUAUAUAUUUCAUUAUGUCAUCAUAUGAUAUAUAGCAGUAGUUUAUUUUGUCUGUAUGUAAUAAUAACACUAGAUGUAAUUUCCAUUGUUUGUUGUCCUAUCAGCGUUUACUCUGUGGGCUAGUUACAUGGAUAAUUGAUAAAGCCGUUGUCUAUUUCGGUGGACCUUUAAAAGCAUAAUGACCAAUAGGUAAAUAAAAGCUUUGGAACACUAUGUCAUAAGCAAUCAAUUGCAAGGUUUGGUAACUAUUGUGAAAGAUAUAGAAUGUUAUCUAUCAUACUGUAACUGUUAUUAGUUUUAUAAGGAAAUCAAUAUAAAGAUAUGUUUAAAAGAAAAGUGGAGAAGUUUUUGUUGACAAUAUUAUUCUGUUCGGUUGGGUUCAAUAAAAUGUCCAAUGUUACUGUGAACUGCUUUAUGUAAAAGUCAAUCAUGUUAUGAAAUGCAUAUCUGCAAAUUCUUUGUAGAUUCAUAAAUAACAAAUACGACCCAAACAGAAAAAUAUAUAUUGUAAACACUGCUAUGUGCCAUAAUGUAAAACAAGUAUUUUCAUAUAAUUGGAAUUUUAAGAUUUCAAACAUUAAGUGUGCACGAUGCACGAUGUACACCAAGAAUGGUGUUGUUUGGUUGGGAUGAAGGUCAAUUUAAAGACAAAGUUGGCUUGAGCACCUUUUCAACAAACAAAGCAAUGUAACCAGGGGCCCGUUUCAGAAAGGAGGUUUAGUGAAAACUCUGAGUAAAUUAACCCUGAAAGAAUGUGAGGUAUGUCAAACCCGAGAAAGCGGGGUAACUCAAGCCCGUUUCUAAAGGAGAGGUAACUUAUACUCAGAGUCAGUAACCAUAGCAACUUGUGAACCUAACCUGGUCGGGAGCAGGUUUUCUUUGGUAAACCCAGAGUUUAUUUCGAUUUCCUCCCCCUUUUAAAGCGCAAGUGGUGUAACUCAUUCAUUCAUUCAUUAAUACAGUCAUUCAUGGCACACAUUUUGAUCACACAGAGACCAUCUCAGUGACUUAUAUGUCAUAUGUGCUUUUAUAGAGGAUUCAUGAAGAGGCUGCAUUAAUUCAUUGGGAUGUACUUUGAUUUCAGGAGAUCAAUUUAGGACCCGAGUGGAAUUUUGUCAUUUCCCUGUGCAUUUUUAUUAAAACUGUACCGUUUUUCUUUACAGUGAAUUAGAUAUAUCAAAAUAUAUCUCAUCCAUCCUUACAUCAAUAACAUCAGCCACCGUACGUGUAUUACAUCAGAGCAUGAUUUUCUAUGGAUGAUGAGAAAUGAUUUAAUAAAGUGUAUAAUAAAGUGCAUGAAUAAAGAAAUUAAUAAAUGCAGACAUGCAUGAAGCGAUAAAGGUAAUAAAUAAACAAGUCAUUUCGAUGUGCAGCCAUUCCAACUAAAAUCUGCUCAGAGCAAGGUUCGAACCGGCAAUCAGUCUAAUUUUGCACGAGAGUCUGACGCCCUACAGGUGUCCUAUACACCAUGACGUAUUAUUCUCGUAACUAGAGCACUCAUGGCGAGUGAGAACAUACGAUUUUUUUAUUAUUUCUGUUGUUUCAUUCAUUUAAUGAUUCAUUUGUAUGUUUACUGGUACAUUUAUCAAUUUAUUAAUUUAAACUUAAGUCAUUUUCAGGACAUCAGUAAAUCCACUGUAUCUGCAGAGCGGAAAGUGUGCCUCACUCUCAAGUGCUUUCUGCCGCCAUGUUGCUUUGUUUGGUGCCGUUGCCAUGGUGACUCGUAAUAUCGGAGCUCCAUUGAUGAUGGCUUUUUAUAGUCGUGGUGCACGCGCUUAACCCAGGGUAAGCCUACCCAGAGUAAAUUGAACUAACUCAAAUCAGCUGUUCUGAAACCAAAAACUCAAAGUUUCUCAUUUCUAAGUAAACCAACUCCGAGUUCAAGGUUUAACCUAGGGUUGGUUGAACCUCCUUAUUGAAACGGGCCCCAUGCCUGUUCACUGUUGUAUACAAACAAACUUUAUUUAUUUAAAAUAUUGUAAGGUGGUUUAAAUCUGCUUUGACCAUGUUUUCUACCACCAAGCGUGCUUUUGAUGUUCCACCAAUACUGUCUGUGACAAAAGCUGAAUGGAAACAAAGCUACAUGUUUAAAAAUGUAUAACUGCUAUACUCCAGUGUGCCAAUAAAAUAUAUAUCAAAUGGAAAAAUGAAAUCUGGAUCACUUUUAUGUUUAA